CGCCUGGGUAUUCUUGCGGGUACGGAAACGAAAAUGAGAGCGUCAUGGAGUCUUUUCGGAGUGUAUCAAACGUGCAGAGGCAGACAGCGCGCCGUGUAUACAGCCAUGUUCCAAGAUGAUGCCUCAUCAAAGGACCGCGCGUUGGGAAAACAAUAGGGCAAAAUGGUUGAGGCUCUGUGAGAUGGAGUCUCUGUUCGGUGGGGAGCUAGGCCUGCUGGGCGGAGGUGAGGGUGGGGGCCUGAAGGAAGAUGGCGGCUGUGGCGGCGUGGGCUGGCGGGGCUCACCCUCCCCCGAGGACAUGUACUCGGCCUCCAACUUCGCCCUCAUCACCGCCUACCAGGAGAUCAAGAGCCGCCUGGCAGGCCUGGAGCGCGAGAACAGCAGCAUCAAGCGCAAGCUCAAGAUCUACGAGAUAAAGUUCCCCAUGAUCAGUGAGUUCGGGGAGGACCGUAACUCCUACUGCUCCUUUGAGCCCAAAGAGACCGCCCUGCUGCAGUCAGAGAACGGCAACCUGCAGCAGAGAGUCAACAUGCUCACACACGAGCUCCAGAAGAGUAAGGAGCGCGAGGAGCAGCUGGAGGAUGUCAUCCAGGCGUACGAGAAGAUCCACAUGGAGAAGACCAACCUCCAGAGAGACCUGGACAAGAUGACGUCUCUGGUGGAGAAGCACGUGGAGCGGAUCCACAGUCUGGAGGUGGCCCUGCGUCAGCGCGAGAACUCCCUGCACAAGCUCAACUCCCAGCUGCACAGUAAGGACAUGCAGUACCUGCAGCUGCACGCCAGCCCGGACACACACAUGCUGGACUGUCCGGCACUGACCCUGCAGAGCUCCCGUAGUCUGGACGCGCUGUCUGACCUGAAGCUGCAGCAGCUGGAGGCGGAGCUGGAGGGGGCGAGGCACGAGGCCGAGGGGGCGUGUCAGCGGGAGAAGGAGCUCAAGGCCCAGUGUGAGCGCAUGCAGGACGAGCUCCGGGAGCUGCAGGACAACCAGAGAGAACGCGACAUGAGCUCCACCUGUGCCCAGUGUGACGUCGAGUGGAUCAAGAAGGUCGGGGACGAACAGGUGAACCUGGCCCUGGCCUACACAGAGCUGACCGAGGAGCUGGGCCGACUGCAGGCCCUCAGCUCCAAGCAGACGGAGAUCCUGAGGAAGGUGUCCCAGGAGCAGGCUAGCCCGGUUCAGCGCCACUCACCCAUCCCCCAGCGGCACUCGCCCGUGCCCCAGCGUCACUCCCCGGUGCCCCAGAGACGAUCCCCAGUGCUGCAGCGGCUCUCCCCGGACAUGCACCGCCGCUCGCCCUCCCCCUUCGCGGAGCUCAGCGACGGGCCGGCCUCCUACUCCUGCCGGCCGCCCACGCAGCACCUCCGCGCCAGCUUCCAGGGUCGGAGGAGCUACUCGGAGGUGGCCGACCCGUCGGCGUACCAGCGGCCGCCACGCUUCACCCUGGACCCGGUGUCCACCCUGCCCAAGCCGCGGCCCUAUGUGGAUGGCUACCAUAAGCAAGGAGGGCCGCAGCAAGGUCAGCAGCAGCAGCAGCAGCAGCAGGGGCAACAGCUGCAGCAGCUGCAGCAGCAGAGCCAUGGCGGCGGUGGUGGUGGUGGUGGCGGGCGGAUCGAGUCUCCGCGCCACUCGCCGAGGGAGCUGGGCCUGUCGCUGGCCGAGGUGUCGCACUUGCGCUUCGAGCCGCAGCCGCCCACGCCGCCGGCCCCGCUGCACCCCGCGCCACAGCCGCCGCAGUCGUCCGAGGAUGAGGAGGAGUGGAGCUGCCCGCACCCCAUCAGCCCCGCGCGGACUCUCGGGGCGUCCGGGGUCUCGGUGGUGUCUCCCGGGGUCAUGAGGGGUCCGGCGUCCUGCUCGGCGUUCCCUAUACCAUCACGGCCAAACACGCUCUGCCCCCAAGCAUACUUACAUGCAGAGCAUGCCCAGUCCUGGCCCUCCAUCAACCUGUGGAUGGAGACCGAGGAGGAGACCGACAUGCGAAGCUGCCCGCUGUGCCAGCUCAUCUUCCCCAUGGGCUACCCCGAUGACGCCCUGAUCAAGCACAUCGACUCGCACCUGGAGAACAGCAAGAUCUGACCCAUCGUUCUCUCCAAGCACCCUCCACUAUCUCCCACCUCUUCUACUCUCUCUAUCUCUAUCUCUCUCUCUCUCUUUCUCUUUCCUUCUUUCAGUUUCAUCUUCUAACCAUCAUUGCGAAAAUGGCUUUUCUGCCCCCGCCUGUCGCCAGUUUAAUUGUGUUUUUCUGGGUGCCUUUGGACAGAGAUUAGGUUCCUGUGGUUCCGCUGGAGAUUGGAUUGAGGGGGAGAUAAGGCUGUUGUAGUGGUGGUGGAAUCCAGUUGUAAAGAGGUGAGCAUGAGCAUCCUGGAAACUGAGUGAGUGAGUGCACAAUAACACUCCGCAAGCCGUGGGAGGACUCUGAUGAAGAUCACUGAAAGCCACAGUGUGAUGUGACACCCCACACACACACACACACAAACACACACACACACACACACACACACACACACACAGAGAUUGCUGCAGCUUUCGGGAACCCUGCAUUAUCUCUCUUCGAUCAGGAUUCUCCUAAAGCCCCCGUCAGCCAUGCAGAGGCAGCACUCUCCGCUGUGGGUCUUUAUCAGCAGUAAAGCACACUCCGUUGAUGGCUAGACUGCCAGGGAGAACACAGAUUAUCUGCCGUGGCUGAUGAUUAGCCUGGUUUGGUUGGCUUUUUGUUUUAGCUCCAUAUGAGCUCUAUGAAGUUCUGUACCUGAUUGUGCAGCGUACUGUGAGAGGAAAAAAAGCCCCAUAUUGAUUUGUCCCUGACAGAAAACCUAAUUUUUGUUUCUAAGUGAAGCUGCCUUUCAGGACUGCUCAAAACCCCAUGAAUUGUAGUUUUUACUAAAGGGUGUUUCUUAGCAUUGAAAACAAAACAAUGACUCACCCCACCCCCACCACAGGGACAAAUGGUUUCACCCACCAGUAUCCUUUUGCAUCUGAGAGUGCAAAAGCAUCAGGUAGGGCCUCCGGCGUCAGCACCUUAGCUGUGUGAGCUACUGUCAGUCAAUGUUCUGAUUGUAGAUGUGAAGACAGGUGUCCUGCAGGGCGAGCACCGUUGCUAUAGUAACCACAGUCAUUUUGAUUGGGUCCAAAGUUGUGUAAAUCCAGUUGCUGCAUUUGCAGGUGGAAAAUUAUUUCAUUAAAUUUGUUUUAUUUAUUUAUUCAAAAUCACAGCACUUUACCCAACCCACGACCACAACCCCCACCCCCUUUGCUUUUGCACCCUAAGAAAAGGGUCGACAUUGUAACCAAUGAAGCAAAAAAGUCAGAUAGUUUAUUUUUUGAAAGAGAAACUCUCCAAAUUAUUUUCCCGUAUGUUUCAUAGGAUUGUAGGACUUUUUUUGAACUACCAACUAGAAUGAGGUACCAUAGGAAGUAGACACAAGUUACUGAUAGCAUUUGCAUGUAAUAUUUCAUCCAUUGUUUCCACUGUACGUCUUCCUAAAGAUCUCUCAUAAAACAAGCUUUGACAUGAGACCUCCAACAACAAUCCUGUGUGGAGACCGAAAGGAACCUGAACAAACAACACCAAAAAAAAAAAAAAAUCUCAUUGUGUAUGUCCCUGUCAUGUAUGUUCAAUAGUUGUUAGAUUCCUGUGAAACUAUGUCAUCAACAGGACAGAUAAUCACCACAAAUAUUUUUAAUAUAAAGAAAUGCUGUUAUGAAUAUGAUGUACGUAAUUGGUACUUAUGCUGAGUCAUAGGUUAUGGUUUAGACACAGAUAGUUGUGCAUAUAAUCAUUCCAUCUGAAAAAGCAUUCAGUCAACAGGAAAUAAGUAUGUUGUAGUGAUUUAAAAAAACAAAUGUAUCGAAAAUGAGAAUAUUUAUCAUUACAAAGUCCUCAAAGCAUUUUAAUACUCUGAAACGUUUAAAAACUAUCUUUUCAAAUAAAUCUGUACACAUUAUGUAUCUCAGUUUUAUUGUGUGAAAUACUGUUGAAAUUGAAAUGUAUGUAAAACAUAAACAAGCAUUUUGGAAGCUCUGUUGUAAAAAAAAGAAAAAGAAAUGUAUAAUCGACAAGGAGCUCCCUUCUGCUUAUUGAUGACGUAAUGUGCCAAUAUAUAUAUAUAUAACUGAAAGCAAACCAAUACUAACAACAAAUAUGUUCUAAAUCACCCCCUAUAAUCCUUGUUAAAAUAGUAGAGUUUUUCUUCCUCUUUCUGACCGGACCGUCCUACACACAUUUAGGGCACUCAACAUGUGCCUGACCUAAUUAAAGAGAGAAAGGAACACAUGAGAAUUGUGAGCACUUCUACUUUCUAUGCUAAAUAAAACCCCAAUCAUGCUCAGGCCACGCAUAUCAUAACUAGUGAUAGUUUUGAGGGCAUCCACAAAUAACAAAAAAAGCUUAAAAAUAAAAACGUAUUAUUAAACGCAAAAGAACUUAUGAUCUAUUCACCCCAAAACUGUACAUAGAAAAUCAAUCAUGAUCAGUCUUGGCACACAGUGAGUCUAUGUAAUGCAUCUACAGUAUAGUAUUGGGGGAGCUAAGGCUGUGAUGAAAGGAUCUAACCAAAGAGAAACUAAGGGUGAGAAGAUUGAAGACUAAACGCAAAUCCAUUUUUUUUCUGAUGAUGGCAAAGUACCAAUUAAGCAUAUCAUGUUCUCAUGCUGUAAGUAGAUUUGAAUGGGGAUAUACUAUGUGUAUGUGAUGACUCAAACACACAGACCAGCAUCAACCACAGUACAUGGACAGAAAACCACCAACCCCUCCACAGUGAGUGUAAAUAGCGCAUUGCUGUACAGUACCCACCCAUGGCCCCGUUUGACAAGAGCUUGAAUAUGUUUCAGGCACUAUUCACAAAGAAUACACUCAGGAGUUAUUUAAAGAGCUAACACUGUUGUUUCUUUUUGCAUUUGUAUCUCCUUAUAUGUUCCUCAUUAAUUUAAUCCUUUCAUUCUUUCUCUUAAAAGUAUUUUUCCUUCCUAAUAUAUUGGCAAAUUUGAUCUUGAUGAAAAGAAACAGAUGUUUUUCUUUUUUAAAAAAAGUUGUCAAGUCUCUGAUUUUCAUCUCUUGAUUCUUAUUGUAAGAUUACCUUAUUCUAACGUCCUACUGUUUUUCUUUUUUAAAUAACUCAGGGGGCAAAGCUUUGUGAAUAUGGCUUUCUUGAAGGCAUGGCAAAUCUGCACAGGUACUACUAAAAAAAACGUGUCAAAUCACAGAAGAGAGAGUGUCACACACAUCUUGAUAACAACAGCAACUCCAAGGAGAUGCUGUCAGCAGUUAUUAUUUUCUUCUUCUUCUGUAAAUACCACAAUAAAUAAAUGGGAUCUUGCACUUA